GGGAUAAAAGGAAACCGAAACCGAAACAGAAUUUGAGUUGACGGCAUUGCGUUCUGCAUAAACUCUCGACGACUCCACUAGUCCACUACAGAGAGAGGAGGUUAACUGGCAAGUGUAAAAUUAGCAACUCUGCUUAACCACCGAAUUAGGGUUUGUCUUCAGCAAGAAACUUUGAGAAAAAAAUGGCUGCGAGAGAUGGCUACCGUAUUUUUGUUGGAGGGUUAGGUUGGAACACCUCGCAAAGGCACUUAGAAGAUGCUUUUGUUCGUUAUGGGAAAAUCAUUGAUUCUUUGGUAAUGGUGGACAGGGAGACUGGCCGCCCUCGUGGAUUUGGAUUCAUAACAUUUGCUGACCGCAGAGCUAUGGAAGAUGCCAUAAGGAGUAUGCAUGGAAGAGAGUUGGAUGGCCGGGUUAUCUCAGUGAACAAGGCAGAGCCACGAAUGGGAGCUGAGGAUCCUUAUGAUGCUUAUGGUGGAGAUCGUAGAUCAGGUGGUAGGGAGAGCUACAGAGGUGGAGAAAGACCGGGGGAGCGAUCUGAUGAGUGCUUUAAGUGUGGUCGUGCAGGGCACUGGGCUAGGGAUUGCCCUUCGAACGGCGGUGGCAGGUACUCGUCACAAUCUGAAUUUGGUAGAUCUGGUCUACAGGGAGAUCGUGAUUAUGAUCGUCAUUACGAUCGUGCUGGUGGGGGGCGUUAUGACAGUAGAGAUCGUUUAGAGAGCAGAGAUGUGUAUGUGUCCCGUGAUCGCUAUAGCACUGAAAGGUACCCUCCUGCUGGUGAUCGUUUUGGAAGUGAUAGAUUUAUGGAUCGAUACCCCCAAAAUGGAUAUGUCCGGGACAGGGAUUAUGAAAGGGAUGGAGGCAUUAGAGGUGGUGAUAGGUAUGCUGCUGGCGGACCAACCCGUUAUGACAAAGGAAGCUACAGAGACCGGGUUCACCCUUAUGAUGCUCCUCGGAGAACCAGCCGGCGUUGAUAUCGUGUUUGUUGGCAAUGCUCCUCACGUGCUGUGCAAACUUUUGUUUGUCCGAACUAUUCAGUUUAGAGUUUUGAUUUCUAGAUAGCUGCAUAAAUGCUGGAUAUCGUCUUCUGUUCAUAUCCUGCCCAGAUAAGCUGUGUGUUGUGCAGACCUUUUUUUUCCGGCUCUUAUGGAUAAUUAAGCUGAAUUUGGUAGCAAAGAUGCAAUAUGUGGAAGCAGUAGAGUGAAUUUCUAACACCUCUAGCUGGCAGCAUGGACUGGUAAAACAAAAUUAAUGUAGUAUUUCUACCAUUCUACCAAUGACUGGAUAUUCUGCUUCAGGAGUGUGUCUGAGAAAGUUAAGACUCUUUUGUAGCUUCUUUGAUUUGCUGUUUCUAGUAUGCAUGAGUGGCUGUCUUUUAGAGUUUGAAGUUGCAACUGUUCCUGUGCUCAUUGUUGCUGCCAGUAAGAUCUUCUGAGGUUGAUGGUUGUGGUCCAGUAUUGUCGUUGCUGCAGCCAGUCAGGAUGGAGACAGAGUCCGGUUUUGACAGGGUUUUGUGCUUUCUUUGAGAUUAAUCAAUCUGGUUUGGUGUUUUGUCCAGCCCAACACAGGUUAUGCUUAAUUCUUUUUUCGAUGUGAAGCUUUUGUGCAGCCAAUUAAGUUGAUGAAAGGCCUUUUUUGUUUAUUUCACCUUUUUGGCCGUCAUUAUACAUUUAUCGGUGGUAAAUUUGCAUACUGGCCUUCAUUUUUCUUUUUGCCGAAUUCCUAAUGAUAUGGGAAGAAAAGGCUGCUGAUAAAAUCUGAGACUUGAGAAGGAGCCUAGAUGUAGAUACUGCUUUUCUAUGCGCCUUAUGUAGAGGAUUGGUGAGUUUAAUGUGCUUGCAUCAGGAGGAUUAAAGGCAUCAUGAGAAUUGUGGUGUUGUUUUUGAGGAACCAUGAGAUUGGUAGCAUGUGAUUGAACAACUUGGUUUGUUGCAUUCAGUGUUGACAUGGAUUUCUCGAGUUUAGAGGUGGCGUUGUUGCUGAGAAGCAGCAGUUAUGAAUAGUUGAUCCAAAAUUCAGCUGCGAGGCCUUGCUCUUUCGUAACCCAAAAGAAGCCAGUACCCUUUUUGUGUUUGAGAUCAAUACUGUGGAGACCACCUUAUUAGGAGGACUGUAGGAGUAGGGAGGAGAGUGCUUGAAUAUAUAAACUGUAAAGCUAUCGAAAUCUGUCUUGAUGCUGGUUUUAGUAGAAUGUAAGAAUAAUGAUGAGUUUAAUCAUUUUGAAGGGCUUGAUCAGUGAUUAUUGGAGCU